AUGAAGGCCUUUAGUGUUGCAGUCGUCGUCACAUGUAUGUUCAUCCUUGAAAGCACCGCUGUUCCUUUCUCCGAGGUGCGAACGGAGGAGGUUGGAAGCUUUGACAGUCCAGUUGGGGAACAUCAACAGCCGGGCGGCGAGUCCAUGCAUCUGCCGGAGCAUUUCAGGUUCAAGCGUCAGAGCCACCUCUCCCUGUGCCGUUGGUGCUGCAACUGCUGUCACAACAAGGGCUGUGGCUUCUGCUGCAAAUUCUAAGGACCUGCCUGCACUA